UUUAUUUUUACUUUCGUUUUUCAAGGGAGCGUCUCUGGGUCGUUGCGCAUGCGCCGCAGGCUGUUCCUCACCUUUUCCGUGAACAUCACUCUUGCGCUCACUCUCCUUUUUAAUGUUUUAACAGACUUUUGUCCGUCAAAUGAGGCUCGAGCACUCGUAUUUAGUUGUUCUGGCGGCCGUCUCGACACUCGUGUCUCCUCUGUGUUGUCAAAAUGUGAGCUCGGCUGAGACCCGGACAAAGUUGAACGGCUCUGCGGUCGGUUUCGACUCGUUCAGAGAGCACUUUGAGCGCGUGUACGAAGCGCACGGCGAGGAAUACAACCUGCGUCACCUCCACUUUCAGAAUGCUACAAAGCGGCAUGCAUACCUGAAUUCAUUCUCCACAGCACCACAGUCUGCCAAGUAUGGCAUCAACCAGUUCUCUGACCUCUCACAGAAGGAAUUCAGAGAUCUGUAUUUGCGAGCUAGCACUGACAGAGCUCCUCUCUUCCCUGGACUGAAGAGGACAGAGAGGCUCCCAGCCAAAUUUGACUGGAGGGACAAAGCAGUGGUGGCACCGGUCCAGAAUCAACAAGCGUGUGGGAGUUGUUGGGCAUUUAGUGUGGUUGGUGCCAUGCAGUCCGUCCAUGCAAUUGAUGGCUCGCAACUGGCUCAACUCAGCGUGCAGCAGGUUCUGGACUGUUCUUUUCAAAAUGAAGGAUGCAAUGGAGGCUCUCCACUCCGGGCUUUGAACUGGUUAAAGCAAACCAAAGUGAAAUUGGUGUCUCAUUCAGAGUAUCCCUACAAGGCCAAGACUGGAAUCUGCCAUUUCUUCUCUCAGUCACAUGGCGGUGUUGCUCUGAAGAACUUUACUGCACAUUACUUCAGUGGUCAAGAGGAGGCCAUGAAGGGCCAGCUGGUGGAGCACGGUCCUUUGGCUGCUAUCGUGGAUGCUGUCAGCUGGCAGGAUUACCUGGGUGGAAUUAUCCAGCACCACUGCUCCAGCCAAAGGUCUAACCAUGCUGUUCUGGUCGUUGGAUACGACACUACAGGGGAUAUUCCAUACUGGAUUGUGCAGAACUCCUGGGGAACCACAUGGGGGAAUGAAGGUUAUGUUUAUAUAAAAAUCGGUGGCAAUAUUUGUGGUAUUGCAGACUCUGUGGCAGCAGUUUUUCUUUGACCGGAUUUUGUGUAUUCUUGACUCUGUCAUUGUAUGUGUUGUGCGUGUGUGUGUGUGUGUGUGUGUAGGUGUGUGUGUGUGUGUGUUCAAUACUGAAAAAAAAGAAAUCAUCUGUUUGCCUUCAAGUGUCACUUUAAAUAAUGUUGUUUUUUUAUUGAAAUGUCACCAUGUUACAUAACUGAAACAAAAUAAAUCACUUUAUAUCCUGAUGAAAA